AUGUUAAAGAAAGGCGGCCCUCUAAGCAAGCGACCUUCUCCUUUCCUCUCUCUCCUCCAGGCCCUUCCUCCCAACGCCGUCACGGUGAUUCUCUACUGCAGCUCAGUGACUGUUUUCUUCGCAAUAAUCAAACUGGUCAGCUACCGCCUCCACCUCAUGUUCGACGAAGGAGAAGCGAUUCAGCGGAGGCCCUCCGGAAAGAGAGAGAAGUGCAGCAAACACAGAGAGACCCACAGCGAGCACACGCCGAGCCACAAAGCCCCGAGCAAUAACCAGCUGACUAGCAAUGGCAAGAAGGGAGAGGCCGACCGGAACUGCUGCACGCCCCCCCUGCGCUGCGGCUCCCAGGGGCAGAACUCCGGCUCUCACCGCUCCUCCGGGCUGCUGGAGCUGCCGGCACAGGAAACAGUGGAAGAUCUCAAAGGUGUCAUCCUGGCAGAAGACCAGCCUGUGGCACCCGUGUCACCCACCCCACCUGGCGUCAAAACGGACAGCUCCCCUCCUUCUAAAGCCCCCGUGCCGGGCGCCAGGACCCUGCCAGCCGUCCCAGCGGAGCCAGGCGUGGCAGGAAGAGCCGACAGAGGGAGGGGCGGAGGGGGCAGGGGGCAGCCCCCUCUCCGCCACCGGUCGGAGGGCGGCCUGGAGGAGGCGGCCUCCCCGAGGACGGGGGUUUCCUACCAGCCGUGGGGGAGCGAGAAUUCAGUCCUGACUCCGGAGCCCGGGAAUGAUGCCCAGGGCUCGGCCAGGGGGCAGUUGGAGAGCCUGAGCCGCAGCUGGCCGCAGUGUCACGCCAUCAUCACCAACCCCGGGUACCUGCCAGGGGACCCCUCCCGGCAGGCGGACCCGCCCUUGAACCCGCAAGGGGACGUCUCCGAGGGAGAGGUGGCCGUGACUCUGAUUGACACCUCUGAGCCCGGAGACCUGCACGAGCCCAUUAAGAUCGUCAUCACCAUGAGCAGCGCCCGGGGCUCCAUGACAGACCUGGACAGCUCGCUCCACCUGCAGGGGGUCGGCCCCAGGAGAACCGGUCCCCCACACGUGGAGCAGAGUGUCCCCAUCAUCACCCUCGAGCUGUCUGAGGACGGGGACCAGAGGGCGCCUGAGAGAUGGAUGGUGGAGGCCCCCUCUGCCCAGCGCACCGGCUGGGAGUCCGGGGACCAGGGCAAUGCCACCGAGGCCCGCAGUCCUUCCCUGGGACGCCCCUGGGACUCAGCGCCCCCCGAGGGCGAGCGGGGCAGGGUCGGCCCAGCCAGCCUCGACCCCUCGUCGUGCAAGAGCAGCCAGGAGAAGCGACACGCCCGCGUGCUCAGCAUGGACAGUGGCACCGAGGUCUUCCUGAGCAGGAGCCACGCAGAGGUUGGUCACGAGAAGGAGAGAGCGAUGCCCACGUCCAAGUCCGACCUGGAGGCGAAGGAGGGACAGACUCCCAACGAGUCCAACUUCCUGGAGUUUGUCUCCCUGUUGGAGUCCAUCAGCACCGCCAAGGUGGGGGCGCCUGGCCGGAGGCGUGGUCCCCCGGAGCCGGGCAAGGACGGCGGGCUCCCCGGAGAUAACGGCUCCCAGGAGAGGAAGAACGAAAUCCCGGAAAGUGGACGCAGCGCCAAGCACGGGAAACCGGACGUGCAGAGUCAAGAGCUCGCCAGCCCCAGCCCCGCGCGUACGGAGCCCGCCAAGGUCACGGCCCUUUUCCAGGGCAACCGGCAGAGACGGAUCAUCUACAGGGUCACGUCCCAGCAAGACAGCUCCGUCUUGCAAGUCAUCAGCGGGCCCGAGACGUCCAUGCAAGAGGAGAGCUCCGGGGACGCCAUGCACGUCUUCAUCGACGAGCACGGAGAAAUUAGAUCCUGCUAUUUAAAGUCUGGAAAUCAGAAAGAUGGCCCCGCUCCGCCCCAGCCACCAAGUCACGACGGUCUCUCUCCGGCCGGAGACGCUCCGGCCAGCUCCUCCAGCACCAGCUCCGGGAGCCCCGACCCUUCCUCGGGGGACGCCUCGGUGAGCCCGCUCCAGCAGCAGCUGCUGCUGAUGGUGGCGCAGAGGACCCAGCCGGACGCCCCCCGGCACCAGAGUCAGGACCUGGAAGCCUUGUCCUGCUCGUCGGCCCCAGGGAAGUUCAACCGCGAUCAGUUCUACAAGUUCCUCAUUUUCCCCGGCAAGUGGAUCAAGGUCUGGUACGACCGCCUGGCCCUGCUGACGCUGCUGGACAGGACGGAGGAUGUCAAGGAGAACGUGCUGGCCGUCUCCCUCGUCGUCUUGGUGUCGCUGCUGGGCUUCCUGACGCUGACCCGCGGCUUCUGCAAAGACCUGUGGGUGCUGCUCUUCUGCCUGGUGAUGGCCAGCUGCCAGUACUCCCUGCUCAAGAGCGUCCAGCCCGACCCCGCCUCGCCCAUCCACGGACACAACCAAAUCAUUGCAUACAGCAGACCAAUCUAUUUUUGUGUGCUGUGUGGCCUUCUUUUGCUUCUCGAUGCAGGGGCCAAAGCCAGGCACCCCCCCACCUACGUCGUGUACGGCCUGAAGCUGUGCUCCCCGGGGUCACUCCAGUCCGCCAGGGACUUCCUCCUGGGGUUUUUGUAUUGCUUCCCGGCCAUGUCUCUCCUGGGCCUCUUCCCGCAGAUCAACACGUUCUGCGUUUACCUUUUGGAACAAAUCGAUAUGCUGGUCUUCGGGGGUUCUGCUGUUUCUGGGAUGACGUCCGCUGUCUGCAGCCAGGCUCGGGCUGGAACUCCCGGGACCCGGGCGCUGCCCAGGGCGGCGCUGGCUUUGCCGGCCUAUCGGAGAGUCACACCUAUCAUGUGGGCACGCGUGACCCGCCCACUCGUGAAUUUGGUUCUGAGCCCCAUGAGCAGCUCACACACGGGCCCUGCGGUCUCCCCCCAGGAGCCCUGGAGCACCCAGCACAUCCCCGCGCUGUUCUCCGCCUUCUGCGGCCUCCUGGUCUCGCUGUCCUUCCACCUGAGCCGGCAGAGCAGCGACCCGUCCGUGCUCCUGGCCUUCGUUCAGCGCAGAUGGUUCCCUAAACGCUCCCGCGCGGACCCGGAGGAGCUGGCGGAGGACCCUCUCCCGGGGAAGAUGAGGGACUCAGUGAAGGACGUCCUGAAGUCGGACCUUCUCCUGUGUUCCGUGGCCGCGGUCCUGUCCUUCGCCGUGAGUGCCAGCACCGUCUUCCUGUCCCUGCGUCCCUUCCUCAGCCUCGUGCUGUUCGCCCUGGCCGGCGCCGUGGGCUUCGUGACCCACUACCUGCUCCCGCAGCUCCGCAAGCACCACCCGUGGAUGUGGCUCGCGCACCCCGUGCUGAGGAGCAGGGAGUACCAGCAGCGGGAAGUGACGGACGCCGCCCACCUGAUGUGGUUCGAAAGGCUCUACGUGCGGCUGCAGUGCUUUGAAAAGUACGUCCUGUACCCAGCCAUCAUCCUGAACGCGCUCACCAUCGAUGCGUUCUCCAUCAGCAACCACCGGAGGCUCGGGACCCAGGAGCUGUUGGAGGAGGAGGCUGGGAACGAUGCUGUCCCAGAUGUGCUCGGGAGCCACGUGGCUCAGAUGUUACGUGCCCAGCUGCUGCGCGCCUCCUUCUGCCACCCCGGCCGCCAGUUCGCGCCCCUGGGCUUCGCCGUCCUCUUCUUCCACUUCGACUGCAGGGGCCUGUCCGAGAGCUUCCUGCUGGACUUCUUCCUCGUGUCCAUCCUGUUCAGCAAGCUCGGGGACCUGCUCCAGAAGUUACAGUUCGUCAUGGCGUACGUGGCUCCUUGGCAGAUGGCUUGGGGCUCGUCGUUCCACGUGUUUGCGCAGCUCUUUGCAGUCCCCCACUCGGCCCUGCUCUUCUUCCAGACGCUGGCCACGUCCGUCUUCUCCACCCCGCUGAGCCCGUUCCUCGGGAGCGUCCUCUUCAUCACGUCGUACGUGCGGCCGGUGAAGUUCUGGGAGAAGAACUACAACACCAGGCGCGUGGAUAACUCCAACACCAGACUGGCCGUCCAGAUGGAGAGGGACCCAGCGAGUGAUGACAACAACCUCAACUCCAUCUUCUAUGAGCACCUGACGCGGUCCCUCCAGGAGUCCCUCUGCGGAGACCUGGUCCUCGGGCGCUGGGGGAACUACAGCUCCGGCGACUGCUUUAUCCUGGCCUCCGACUACCUCAAUGCUUUCGUCCACCUGAUCGAGGUCGGAAACGGCCUCGUCACCUUCCAGCUCCGAGGGCUGGAAUUCCGAGGAACCUACUGCCAGCAGAGGGAGGUGGAGGCCAUCAUGGAGGGCGACGAGGACGACCGGGGCUGCUGCUGCUGCCAGCCCGGCCACCUGCCCCACCUGCUGUCCUGCAACGCCGCCUUCCACCUGCGCUGGCUCACCUGGGAGGUCACGCGGACGCAGUACAUCCUGGAGGGCUACAGCGUCCUAGACAACAACGCGGCCACCAUGCUGCAGGUGUUCGACCUGCGCAGGAUCCUCAUCCGCUACUACGUCAAGAGCAUCAUCUACUACCUGGUCACGUCCCCCAAGCUCCUCUCCUGGACCAAGGACGCGGCCCUCCUGACGGCGCUGCAGCCCUUUGCCAAGUGGCAUCACAUCGAGCGCGACCUCGCCGUGUUCAACAUCAACAUCGACGAGGACUACGUGCCGUGUCUGCAGGGCGUCACGCGGGCCAGCUACUGCAGCGUCUACCUCGAGUGGAUCCAGCACUGCGCGCGGAGGACCCAGGAGGCCUCGCAGACCCUGGACAGCGACGAGGACUCCCCGCUGGUGACCCUGGCCUUUGCCCUCUGCAUCCUGGGGAGGAGAGCGCUGGGCACGGCCGCGCACAGCAUGGCUCUCAGCCUGGACUCCUUCCUGCACGGCCUCCACGCCCUCUUCAAGGGCGACUUCAGGGUCGCCGCCCGGGAUGAGUGGGUGUUCGCCGACAUGGACCUGCUGCAGAAGGUGGUGGCCCCAGCCAUCAGGAUGGCCCUCAAGCUCCACCAGGACCAGUUCACCUGCCCCGACGAGUACGAGGACCCCGCGGGCGACUUCAGGGUCGCCGCCCGGGAUGAGUGGGUGUUCGCCGACAUGGACCUGCUGCAGAAGGUGGUGGCCCCAGCCAUCAGGAUGGCCCUCAAGCUCCACCAGGACCAGUUCACCUGCCCCGACGAGUACGAGGACCCCGCGGCCAACAGGGCGGAGCUGCUCACCCUGCGGCACGUGGUGGACGAGGGCGCCGACGAGUACAAGGUCAUCAUGCUGCACCGGAGCUUCCUCAGCUUCAAGGUGAUCAAGGUACCGAGCAGGUCCCGGCGCCCGGGCCUGGGCGUGAGCAGCAGGAGGGGCUGGCACGGGCGUCUGUUCACAGACAGUCUCAGAGCGGCCACUCCCGCCUCCGAUGACCAGUGCACAGGCGAGGGCUUUGUUAUUACAAUUUGCGGGCAGCAGCAGGAGCUCAUCUUCCUGCGCAACCGCAACCCGGAGCGCGGCAGCAUCCAGAACAACCGGCAGGUGCUGCGCAACCUCAUCUGCUCCUCCUGCGACCAGCCCCUGGGCUACCCCAUGUACGUCUCCCCGCUGACCACCUCCUACCUGGGCACCCACCGGCAGCUGAGGGGCCUCUGGUGCGGCCCCGUCACGCUGGACGGCCUCCGGGCCUGGUUCCGCACCAAGUGGCUCAGGAUGCGCAAGGACUGCCAUGCCGAGCAGCGUGCAGGCGGCAACAUUGAGGACGGCGACGCAGGGGGGGCCCCGUCUGCAGGCGGCAACAGCGCCCCGAGUGGGGGCAGGCAGGAGGGCGGCACGGAGCAGCCCGGAAAGGAGGGGACCCACCACUGGUCACCCCGGGAAGGGACACGGAGCACAGGCCGGAGGAAGGGCAGGAGCCAGUCUGUCCAGGCCCGCGGGGCGCUGAGCCCAAGGCUGCCCUUCCUGAGCUCGUCGGGCCCCAUCCUGGAGAGCCGCCCGGCCUUCCUCCCCACGUCCUCCUCGGCCCAGGGCGUCCGCGAGCGGGCCGAGGCCCUGGUCCGGUCCAGCCUGGGCUCCUCCAGCAGCUCCACCCUCAGCUUCCUCUUCGGCAAGAGGAGCUUCUCCAGCGCCCUCGUCAUCUCGGGGCUCUCGGCCGCCGAGGGCGGCACCACCAGCACCACGCAGACCCCUCUCCCCCCAUAGUGACAGAUGACAGGUCAGCCAGGAGGCGUCUGCUGCGCUGAGGCUGACAAACGUUAGUCACGCCCUGGGUAACGCUAGGCAGGCGGGUAUCACAGCUCAGUCCCCAAGCCUGUGCCCACCUGGCGGUGUCCCCCCUCAUCCAGCAGCGGCAGCAGGGGCCACCUCGUUCCCUUCAAACCAUGCCCUGCUGAGGGACAGGGCAGGGCACACGUCAGCACUGGGUUCCAUCACCUUCGAUUCCCGCGCGAGGUCAGCUCAGUGCCGAGGCCACCCACUUGUCUGCUUACACUUUAGAGAGAGUUCCGAGGACACCCCCCCAGGGGACUGUCAUCAGCCAGAGUUCCAGCCAGCUACGGAGACGCGUGCCCGGCACCCGGUCGCCUCUCCUGUCCCGGGCAGGGAGGGCACAUGGGAGGCACGGGGGUACGCACAUCCGUGUCAGACUAGGCUCCCAGGCUCCUUCACGGCCUUGGGGCAGUUACUGGAGGUGGAUGAGGCCCCCUUCCUCCCCUUGGGGUCCCCCUGUGCUCACCCCCUGCCGCUGGCGGGCAGCAGGUUGGGCGGGCAGCAUCGCACGCGCGUUAGAAGUGGCCGUACCUGCUUGCUGAGCCGUCCGCUUCUCUUUUCUCCGAAGCACUUCUCCGAGCCGUGCGACCACC